GGGGAGAGGGUCUAAGAAAAAAUCUCUUCUGUAGGGGAGGUAUGGAAAUUUCUGAAACUACACAAUAAUGAUUUGUCUGAUUUGAUCACCAAAAUUUAUGUGAUCUGUUGUUACCUGUCAAUAUACAGAUUCGGCUAGCAUGUUCACAUCCUUAUCGCCCAAUUCAGAUCAUGUCAUGAUUCAUUUGGCAGGUUACAAUAAUUGUUCCGUUUGUACUAUACACGCAUGCAAAUCGGUUGCGUGUGAUAAAUUACACUAUUGUAACCUGGCUCCCAAAUGAAUUAUCACAUGGUCUGAAUUUGGUGGCACCAAGGAUGUAAACACGCUGGCCAAAUCCGUCUCUGCCUUCCCCUUUAAAGACCUUUCAAGUCUUUUUAAGACUUCCUUAUGUGAUUCAGCUUUAUAGAAGAGCAUUAUUUUAACACAUGAUUUCUGAGCACUGAACUGGUUUUCAAAGUGAAUUUCAAAAGGUGUACUUUUUUGUGAUAGUUUAUUCCCAGACAUUGUAAGUUUAACAGAAAAACGCAGGCCUCAGAGGGACAAAAGCUUGAUACCUCCCUUCCCUCUCCCCGCUCCUUCCCCAUCAACAACAAGGCGCGUUUACCAAAACGAGGCUCCUUGGUUCAUUCAAAACACGUGUGUUCUGUCAAGUUUGGCUGCCAAAUAUAACGAUGGAAGAGGCGAAGAAAAUCGUACAAACGGCUGCUUUGAAUGAAGGAACCAGUUUAGAGCUGUCUUCUUUAGAUCUCGACACGUUUCCUUGUGAAAUUCUCUCAAAAACUUUUCAAUAUGUCACCAUUCUAAAUCUCGACUACAACGACUUGAAGUUCUUGCCGAAGGAAAUCUCCUAUUUAUCGUCAUUGAAAGUGUUAUCUGCUACAGGAAACCAGCUGCAAGAGCUUCCAGAUACGAUGAAAGAACUGGAAAAUUUGGAGUCACUUCACUUAAACGAGAACUGCCUUCACGAAUUGCCUGUGUUUUUGUCAAAGCUCCAGCAUUUGAAAAUUCUGGACGCCAUUGGCAAUGGAAUCGAAUCCUGGAAGGAAGGAUUCGGGGAAUGCCUGCUGGAACUGCGGUUGGACGAGAACAACUUAAGGAACCUGCCCCAUUCUUUCAGUUGCAUGAAGAAUUUAAAGGUGCUCGAGUUGGGAGACAAUAAUCUUACAAGCCUUCCAGAUGAUACUGGAGCGUUGAGCAAACUGGAGAUUUUCAACUUGAGCCACAACGAACUGUCAGACUUGCCUGAAUCACUAGGGAAUCUCCCUUGUUUGAAGACAUUUGACUUGAGUGGUAACAGCAUUGAAAAUUUACCAGAAAAGUUUCAGUCUGCAGAAGUUAUUGAAAGUCUCUUUGUUGACAAAAAUUAUCUUAAGAUAUUGCCAUCCUGGUUUGGAAAUUUGUUAAGCAUUGAGAAUCUGGGGAUUGCUGAUAAUGAGUUGUUAGGGAGUCCCCUGCCAGAUUCCUUUGGAACUGUGUCUGGUAAGUCAUUGAAGACACUUGAUCUCUCAGCAAAUAACAUUUCAAACUUGCCAGAAACUAUGGGAGAACUGAAAAAGCUAGAGAAGUUGCAACUUGGAAGCACUAUUUGUGAACUUGAAAGGAGGGCUUUCCAGAAUGGAAACAGGCUUUUUACUUUGCCAAGUAGUUUUGGCUGGAUGGUUAACCUACAAAAACUGCAUUUAGACGAGAAUCAGCUAGUUGAAUUGCCAGAAAACUUUGGCUCACUGAUUAAUUUGGAAUGGGUUGAUUUUGGGCAAAAUCGUUUACAAAGUCUACCUCCCUCAUUUUGUUUACUUACCAAGCUCUGGUACCUUCAGUUGUCACAAAACUACUUGCAAACACUUCCUGAAAACUUUGGCAACCUCACCAGUCUCAUUGAGUUGAGGUUGAACAACAACUAUCUCAAAGAACUUCCCAGUUCAUUUGCAAAUUUGAUCAACCUUCAAACCCUGGAUUUGUUCCACAAUGAACUCACAAAGAUUCCAAAGGAACUCCUAAAUCUCAAAAAACUUCUGAGACUUGACUUGGAUAAGAACAAGUUUAAACUGAGAGCGGAAAAAGUUCCUAAGUUGACAAAGCAGGUCAAAUAUCCAGAGAAAGAUCUUAAUCUUAAAGACAAUUGGCGUGGAAAGUUGAGGGAAGAUUAUAUUGAGCCAGACAAGGUGACGACAAUUGAGAUAUUAAAUGAGGUAGAUGACGGAGCUAGUGAAGAUGAAACUGACACAGGUGAGGAUGGGGAGGAGACAAAUUUUAGUGAAGCAGCAUUGGAAUAUGCCAUGAAAAGGAGCUUGUCCAUAUGGAAGUCACACAAAGGCCCAGACGAGAGGGAGGCUAAAGUCAAAGAACAAGCUAUGAGAGAAUUCAUCCCAAAUUCGUCUUCAGUGUCCCAACCUCAAGAAGGAGACAUCCUUCUUGAACAUUCCAAAAACCUCUACAGUAACAUAUUUGAAGAUGCUGAUGCUUUCCCUGACAAUGAAUCUCACAUUGAGAUUUUGAAUGAGCUGAAAGAUCAAGCAGAUGCCAUUAGAAACAUGGCAAAUGAGAUUCCAUCCAACAGUGUUGACUCAGAAGGACCUCAGUCAAAAGGGCUGAAGAUGGAAAGUUCUCUCUCAGAUGACCCUCCAUCAAACAACAUGGACACGACUGAAGAUUGGGAUAAGGAAAUACAAGAUUCCUUGGCCUAUAAUCUUGUGCUGGAAACAUUUAAAGAAAGGAGCUAUAACAAAGUGUACUUUCAAAACCAGCUGCAAAACUUGCUGUACUGUUAUCCCCCUGCUUCUCAAGCUUUCACCAAGACUGCAAACUAUGAAUCAGCUAUAUAUUCUUCUUCCUUGCCACCUCCAUGCAAAGUACAGCCACCAAGCCCGGCAGAUACUGGGCAGUUUGAUGAUGCUGAUGAAGAUGGUGCAAUGGAGUCUUGAGCCACUUGAAUCUGUCACAUUGCUAAAGACUGGUGUUGAAGACAUCACAGUGAGCCAAGGUCUGCGUUGAAGGUUACCGGUGUAAGAUGAAAGGAUGCUUUUUGCACGGUGAAGCACACAAUAACUCUGGGAAUUUUUGGAGACCUUGCCUAAGAGAUAAAAACGUGUACAAUGUUACAGGGUAUUGAACUUGACACUGUAUUCUCCAUAAACACUAUAUUGUUUGUAAGUGCAGGCAGAAGUAAGUCUGCCACCUUAUGUUAUUACCGUGUUGUCAUGAAUAAAUGUACAGGUUUGAUGCUGUCUGUAGUUUUUUUUAUUACAGUGCAGACCAUUAAAUUAGUCCUUUUGAUGUUACUUGAUCAGUUAUAUGGUAAUGUUGGUACCUAUUUUUUCAAGCUAAUGUAAGUUCUAUUAUGACAGAGCUGAGGACUGUAAUUUUAUUGUUGCCAAUGAUUGUUAUGUGAAUGUACGCUGCUUUUCAAUGAAGCAGAAGCAUCAAAUUUCUGGUAAUAGUUCCCUGCCCAGUAAGUUUGGGGAUGUAACUCUUCAUAGCAAACAUUGUUAAAGAAAUAAAAGAAACAAACUAAAUUGGUUAUUGAACUUAA